GCAGUGACCCCCUACAACUCAAAAAAUAGUUAGCGAAGACUUCUCAUUACAACUUGAAAAUUGAGCCGACCCCUAAGCACAAGUAAAUUAUAUACAGAUAGUUCAAACCCUCACGGAGUUGUUACCACACAUCUAAUUUAUAUGAAGAAAAAUGUUUUAUGUCCUGAUCAGUAUGGUAAGGAUAGAUGUCAUCAUAUUAAAAAAGAACCUUCCUUUCUGGCGGAAUAUAUCUGAAACCAGUCCAAUAGUCCAUGGAGGCAUGGCACUGUUCCAUCUGUUGAAGAAAAACGUAAUCUUUUCUUGUCGGCAACUAGCACGACUACAUUUGGGCGGAUAUCCUGGAGUGCUUUAUCACGUUUCAUGUCGCUGUUUGUCUUGUACCUAAUCUCGUCCGUCAUUGGCGAUGCAAACCAAGCCUUGUCUUCCUUACUUAAAGCUCAAUUCAUUGUCCAGCGCCGUACCAUUAUUUUACAGCUUCAGAUACCUCCACCGCCACCAAUGUAAGCUCCAAAUCUGAGAUGCUUCUCCUAUGGCUUACAUCUGUCUUCUCAGCAGGCCGGCAGUAUAAAACCCAAAAUAACGGCAAGUGUAUGUGAGGCUAUCAAGGGCUAACCAAGCUGAUAACUUCGUUAUUUGCAACAACAUGCAUAUGUAACAACCUCUCAGGUCUCUGCAAAAGUUGUUUCUGGCUCUCCUUCCUUCCACCCUUCCUCUCCACUCUUUCUCUAGUCAUGAGAUCAAGAGUCACAGGAACUUACUUCUUGGCUCUCCAGUUCUUCCUAUCCUUCAAUUUCAACAUUGCCCGUGUCAGUCCUCUGUCCUUCAAGCUGAACUUCACUGAAUCAAACAACAACGCGUUGGCUGCAAUCCAGUUCCAGGACGAUGCCUUCUACAACAAGGCGAUCAGGCUCACCAAGGACGAGCUGAAUAAUGAUAUCACUUACAGCGUUGGCCGAGCAGUCUACACCGAUCCAGUGCCUCUCUGGGAUAGCGCCACCGGUCAGUUAGCCGACUUCACAACCCGCUUCACAUUCAUGAUAGCUGCCACAGAUAGAAGCAAUUCAACAGGUGAGGGCCUAGCAUUCUUCCUCUCACCGUACCCUUCUGUGAUACCCAAUAGUUCCACAGAUGGUUUUCUGGGCCUCUUCAGCAAUAGCAAUGGUCAGAAUGACCCAUCCAAUGAGCUUGUGGCUGUUGAGUUUGACAGCCACAAGAACACAUGGGAUCCAGAUGACAACCAUGUGGGAAUCGACAUCCAUUCAAUUGUAUCUGUAGCCAACCGGACAUGGAUCAGUAGCAUCAAUGAUGGUCGGAUAGCCAAUGCAUGGGUAACUUACCAGGCCAGCUCCAUGAACUUGAGCGUCUUCUUGACAUAUCUGGACAACCCACAACACAGUGGCAACUCCAGCCUAUCUUAUUCAGUUGAUCUCAGAAAAUAUCUCCCAGACAAAGUGGCCAUUGGCUUCUCGGCUGCCACUGGUAGAUCUGUUGAGUUACAUCAGAUACUUUACUGGGAAUUCGAUUCUACGGAUUUGCAGCUGAUGAAGACAGAGAAGACGAGAAGUAUACUGGCCAUAAGUUUGGGUACUAGCAUAAGUGUGGUGGUCUGUUCUAUGGGCUUGGUUUGGUACCUUCUGCAUUUUAGGUCUAGGAGGUCAAAAAAGGAGAGAGAAAAGAAGCUAGAUUAUAAUGUGUCAAUUGACUGUGAGUUUGAGAAAGGAAGGGGGCCGAGAAGAUUCCGGUACAAUGAACUAGUGGGUGCCACGAAGAACUUUGUUUUGGAGAGAAAACUUGGAGAAGGAGGAUUCGGUGCAGUCUACCAGGGCUUCUUGAAGGAUCAAAACCUUGACGUUGCCAUAAAGCGAGUUGCAAAAGGGUCAACACAGGGGAGGAAGGAGUACAUAUCUGAGGUCAAGAUCAUCAGCCAGCUGAGGCAUCGGAACCUUGUGCAGCUUGAGGGCUGGUGUCAUGAGCGCGGAGAGUUCUUGCUUGUGUACGAGUUCAUGCCAAACAGGAGCCUGGACACACACCUCUAUGACAACAGUAACCUGCUAACAUGGCCAUUGAGGUUCAAGGUCACCAUUGGUGUUGCAUCUGCCCUCCUGUACCUCCACGAGGAAUGGGAGCAAUGUGUCGUCCACCGGGAUGUCAAGCCAAGUAAUGUGAUGCUUGAUUCUGCAUUCAACGCUAAGCUUGGUGACUUUGGGCUCGCGCGACUUGUCGACCAUGACCGAGCCUCACAAACUACAGUGUUAGCUGGAACAAUGGGUUACAUGGCUCCAGAGUGUGUCACCACUGGCAAAGCAAGUAAAGAAUCCGAUGUCUACAGCUUCGGCAUUCUUGCAUUGGAGAUUGCAUGUGGAAGGAGGCCGGUUGUGCUAAAGGAAGAGGACAACAAGAUCAGAUUGGUUCAGUGGGUGUGGGAUCUGUAUGGAAGAAACGAGAUUCUUAAUGCAGUUGAUGGCAGGCUUGAUGGUGCAUUUGAAGAGAGAGAAGUUCUCUGCUUGAUGGUUGUUGGACUGUGGUGUGCACAUCCGGAUUACAAUCUCCGACCUUCGAUUCGCCAGGUCAUAAGUGUACUAAAGUUUGAAGCACCAUUGCCAAGCCUUCCAGCGAAGAUGCCUGUAGCAAUGUACUUUGCGCCACCAAUUUCUCUAUGCAGGUUUUCAUACACCUCAUCUGAUGGGACCCUGAAGGAGCAGGAGCUGGAAAGGUCCAACGGUUAUGGAAAGACAAACUCAUCCAGUGCAACCAAUGCUUCGAGUUCACCUCCCUCUGUUCGGUUGCCAGAGGCGGGUUACUAGGUCUGCCGGUUCCUUACUGCAUGCUCAACAUGUGUACUUUUGUUUGGUGCCAACGUAUUAGAGAGGCACUAAAGUUAAACUAGAAAUAUGUUGCUAUUGAUUCUAGCUGGAUGUUGAGAACAGUAUUGAUUCAAUUAUUUGUGUAUAGAUUGGAUACCUGCAGAACAUAAGCAAUGGAAUGUUUAUGCGUAUCCUAGGUGAAUUUAUGAUGUUCACCUAAA